GGAGAAAUCUGGCAUUUGCAGUCUGUCACUGGGUUUGAGAAGUCUGGCUCUCUCCAUGUCACUGUCACUCGGGAGACAUCCUGCUUUCUGCGCGGCAGUAAGGGAGGGGACUGCGGCUCCGAGUGAUCUUCCUGUAAAAACGGCAAAAGCAGGAGCGGUGGGAAGUGUCAUGUGCGAAGAAUGUGUGGAAUGAGGGUGAUUUCAAGUGUUCCCAUACUCAGAUAAUUCCAAGGGACAGAUCGGCACCCCAUUUCAGAGUCAAGAUGGAGCUGCUGAAGGGACUGCCAUUGCGCCGCACUUUCCUGGCUGUCAUCCUCAACCUGCUGGCUCUCACCCUCUCCACCACAGCCUUGCUGGGCAGCUACUGGUGCACCGGGACCCAGAAAGUACCCAAGCCUUUGUGUGGGAAGAGCAAAGCCUCCCAGUGUGUGGGUGUGCCCAUGCCGUCCGAUGCAGACACGAGCAAUGUUUCCUCUGAGGACACAGUGCACUACAGCUGGGAGACUGGGGAUGACCGCUUUGCCUUCAGAUACUUCCACACAGGGAUGUGGCUUUCCUGUGAAGAGAGCAUGGAAGGCCCAGAAGAGAAAUGCCGCAGCUUUAUUGAGCUUUCACCACCAGCAGAGAGAGGAAUCCUGUGGCUGUCACUGGGAUCAGAGAUGCUGUACAUCAGCUUGCUGCUCAUCAGCUUCAUCCUCCUGAUGGUGGAAAUUCUGCACACUGGCAAUCCUGUGUGUGGGAUGAAGCUCAAUGCCUUUGCUGCUGUCUCCUCAGUGCUGUCAGGUCUCCUUGGGAUGGUGGCACACAUGAUGUACACUCAAGUCUUCCAGGCAACAGUUAAUCUGGGACCGGAGGACUGGAGGCCGCACACAUGGGACUAUGGCUGGGCAUUCUACAUGGCCUGGGCCUCCUUCACCUGCUGCAUGGCCUCUGCUGUCACCACUCUCAAUACCUACACCAAGACGAUACUGGAGUUCAAAAGGAACCACAUCAAGGGAUACGAUGGGACCCUCAAGGAUCACCCUCAGCACCACCAGUGCUUCAUACAGCAAAUAAGCAGCUACUAUGAGCCCAAAGGCAAGGUCUUCCAUUCAGUCUCUGAGGGAGUCGACUUCUACACUGAUCUGCAGCAGAAAAUACUGCAGAGGGAACCAGAGCUGGACCUGGAUGAAGUCUUGGGCCAGACAAUUGGGGAGGAUCGCUGUUAGGGAUGAGUGUACAGGGACUGAGCAGUGGGGUUUGGGAGGAACAAGAGCUCUGAACCAAGCAUUGGCACCACUGUUAGCAGGUUUUGGGGAGCUCUUCCAGGCUCUACAGGGAGUGAGGAGGCAGGCACUGGGUCAGGGCAACUAGAGUAGAAGUUUGGGGGUCCUCCCUGGUCAUAUACAAUGUGAUGGGUGCCCUCUUCUGACAAGGGUGAAACUGGAAGGACAUGCUGGUGCCAGCUGUCUCCAAGCACUUUCAGAGUUGAGUCAGAUGUCCUGAUUCCAGUAUUGCACUGGGGAACAGACAGUCAGCACCAUCCAGAUGGCAAACUGCACUGCUGGGUGGUGUCACACUGACCUUCCAUCAGCACCUCCAGUUCAGUGCUAUGGUGAAGGCCAUCAGUGUUCAUAUUGAUCAGCUGUCACCCUCUCUGAACACCCUGCUUAUUCUUAAUUUCCAGGCCCAAACUCUUAUCCCUGCCCCCAGAUUAAAAGUCCUGCUGCAGUAGGAAUAGGGGAUAGCUUUCAGACAUCUCCUCCUCCUUCCUAUCUGUAAUGACUCCCACAUGUUCCCUUCUUGCUUUUUGCCCAGAAAUCUCCUAUUCUGAGGUACUUUGCUGUCUGCCUCUUUUUACUGUUUCUUUGUAACCAUUAAGAAUUUGGCAGGACUUUUGCUUUUUAUGUUACUUCUAUUCAUCUGUUCCUUUCUGUCCAUUGUAAAAAUAUUGCAA